AUGGAAAAUCAAAACCAGACAUUUGUGACCAUGUUUUUUCUUCGUGGUCUAGCUGCUUACCCCAUCUUUUACUCUAUUUUUUCUCUUUUGUCCCUUAUCAUGUAUAUUAUGAUAUUGGUGGGCAAUAGUUUCCUCAUCACAAUCAUCAUCCUGGACUCUCACCUCCACACCCCCAUGUACUUCUUCCUCAGUAACCUCUCUUUCCUGGAUAUCUGCUAUACAUCUUCUUCUGUUCCAAUGAUAAUUGUGAACUUCCUUUCAGAUGAAAAAUCCAUUUCCUUUGUGAGCUGUGGAGCACAAAUGUUCUUCUCUCUUGCCUUGGGGUCUACAGAGUGUGUGCUCCUCACUGUCAUGUCAUAUGACCGGUAUAUGGCCAUUUGUAGACCCCUGAGGUACCCCAUCAUCAUGAACAAGGAGCUUUGUGGAUGGAUGGCAGCCAGUUCCUGGAUGACAGGUGUGCUAACUUCAUUGGUGCAAAUAAUUCUUGCUCUGCAUUUGCCUUUUUGUGGGAACAAUGUCAUUGAUUAUCUUACAUGUGAGAUCCUAGCCGUGCUAAAAUUAGCGUGUGCAGAUAUCUCCCUCAAUGUAAUUAUUAUGGUGAUAUCAAAUGUACUCUUACUCGUUAUUCCAGUGUUGCUAAUUGUUAUCUCUUAUGCCUUCAUCCUUGUUACAAUUCUGAGGAUCAAUUCUGUAGAGGGAAGGAAAAAAGCGUUUUCCACCUGUUCAGCCCACCUGACUGUGGUGACUAUGUUUUAUGGGACCAUCCUCUUCAUGUACAUGAAGCCCAAGUCCAAAGAUUCCCAUGCAACAGAUGAGCUGAUUGCUCUCUUCUAUGCUGUGGUCAUUCCCAUGCUGAAUCCCAUCAUUUACAGUCUGAGGAACAAGGAUGUAAAAGCUGCUGUGAAAAAGCUAAGUAAAAGUAUCUUCUCACAGACAACAUGA